ACAUCCGCACGGCCCAUUCUUGGAAACACGUCAAAAAGAAAGUAACAUUAUAUUUAUAUAUAUAUAUACGUAGUACUGGAAAACCAGCCAUGAGUAAAACAUUCACCAGCAAAUCAUCUGUGUCAUACGCUAGAGGACGUGGUGCGCGACAGACAAACGAGACAACUGGUAGACCCAGGCCUGUAAAUAGGGAAACAUCACCAGCUCGCGCUCCCCCUCAAGGACAGCCUCCUGCUUACAGAGGAAGAGGUCGGGGAGUCGCCACAAACGGACGUGGAGGAGCUUCAACCGUAAGAGGAAGAGGAAUGGAUGCCCCAAAGUCUUCCGCGGAACAGAGUGAACCGCCACCACAAGAACAACGAAUGUCACAUCAAGGAGGGUUUACAAUGAUUACACCAAAUGAGAAGAAACGUCAAGCUGUGAGUGAACAGGCCAAGCGUGGGCUGGACCAGUACGACGCUCACAAACAGCAACAAAAGCUUGGUCAUGUUAGCUAUGUUGGGACAGCGGGAGGAGGCCAGAUGACUAUGGCCGAAUCACGACAAAGAAUGGUCGACGGAAACCGCUUUGGGAAGACGGACAGACUGCAAAAACAGCAGCAGUACAAAGAUGAAAGAAAACAAAAAGAGGAAACAGAAUUUGAGAAAAAGAAAAUGCAACAAAGAAUGAAGGCUGAGACUAACAAACAAAGGGAAGCAACUCGACAAUCACAAGACCACAUGAAAUAUGACGAAGACAGGAGGAGAAAAAAUGAAGAAUUCCUCAAGAAAUUAGAGGGUCAAAGUAGACAGCCAGGUGUAUCAACAUCAGGAAAUGUUGCCUCUACUGACAACUCUCCACUACGACUUGCUGCUCCUGCUAUAUCACCUGACAGUCAAUGUCAAAGGUCAUAUGAACACGUCCAAAGUUCACCAGGAGGGCAAAGUUCAUCACAUUCCACUGAAAAUGAGGCAACAGGAGGUCAAAUUUCACAACUGGAGACAUUAAUGUCCAUGUUCCCAAUGUACAGUACCGACAUUCUCUGUGACAUUUUAAAUCAGACGGACAACAAUCUGGACCAAGCAGUACAACUUUUGACUCAAUAGAAAGUGAAGUUGAAAUAGAGUGUAAAGGGUUUUACCAUGUAAUAAAAUUGUGAAACAUUUGAAUAGAAAUGAUUCAUAAAUGCUAGUAGUCCAAUAAAGGGAUUACUGGGAAUUCUCGUAAAACAAAACUCCUUAAGAUAAAUUGGGUUAGUUUGAACCAGAUUUAUCAUGGAGCAUUCUUCAAUGAAAGGAAUUCAUUGUAGACAACUCUAGUGAUAAUAUGCUUUUAUUGUGAUUGGUCUGAAAUCCAUGUGAUUGAGUUUUUUAAAAACAAUUUUAAGUUAAAAUAAUGCUCAUGUUGACCUUACUGUUGAAACAUUAUCAUUUGAGAUUUCAAAUAUAUAUGAUAAGCAUAUAAAUUUCUUGUUUAAUGCAGAUAUCAAAGGGAAAAUGUAAUGGGGACCAAUGGGCCUUUUGUUGUGAAGAGUUAACCUUGAAAUUAUAUUCCUAAUUUCCCUUGCCACAUCGGUCAGCACAUUUCAAUGCUUCGUUUUAUUUUUGUUAUUCAAUGAAUUCAAAUAGACUGUGAUAUAUUUAUUUAAGUUGGAUAUUCAGUGUGUUCAACUGGAGUUUUUUUUAGCUCACCUGCCCAAAGGGCAAGUGAGCUUAUGCCGUGGUGGGGCGUCUGUCUGUCCAGUGUUAGGUUCUAUUUUCAAACAAUUUCUCAAUAACCAAAAUGCCCUGGAUACUGAUAUUGGGUCAUUAGCAUGCUGGGAUGAAGGGCUACCAGAUUUGUUCAAAUGAAUCAUAUUGACCUACUUUCAAGAUCACAUGGGUCAAAUGUGUCAAAAUCUUCAAACUAUUUUUCUCAAUAACCAAGAGACCUGGGGUCAAGAUAUUAGGCCAGUAGCAUACUGGAAUGAAGGGCAUUCAUGUUUGUUGUAAUAAGGUAAAUCUUUGAAUGAAGUAGUGAAUAACUUUAAUAGCAUCCACAUAAAUAACCUACAUUGUAGGUGAACUUUGAAGUUGUUUUAGAAGCAGGUGAGUGAUACAGGCACAUUGGGCCUCUUGUUUAUGUAUUUCCAUUAAUUUAUCCCAAGGUUCUUGUAUAACAAAUGUUUUGCUGGACAUGAGUUGCCACCAUAAUGUUUUACUGUACAAGUGUUGGCAGUAUAAUGAGUUUUACUAGAUAUUUGGUGGCAUUAUAACAAGGUUUUACUAGGCCUAAUUACUUACUCUAUUUGUUUAGCCUAAUUACUUACUCUAUUUGUUUAAAGUCUAUGUUUGUACAUGAACAGUGAUAUAUGCAUAUUGAAUAGGUUGUAUUAAUUAUAGUUUAUGAUAAAGGAAAUAAAUAUUUAUCUAAAACAAAA